AUGUCAGGACAAUGCGGUGAAACCAUGCCAGUGCAAUGCGGUGAAAACCAUAGCCAGUGCAAUGCGGGAAACCAUGGCCAGGACAAUGCGGUGAAACCAUGCCAGGACAACGCGGUGAAACCAUGCCAGGACAAUGCGGUGAAACCAUGCCAGGACAAUGCGGUGAAACCAUGCCAGGACAAUGCGGUGAAACCAUGCCAGGACAAUGCGGUGAAACCAUGCCAGGACAAUGCGGUGAAACCAUGCCAGGACAAUGCGGUGAAACCAUGCCAGUGCAAUGCGGUGAAACCAUGCCAGGAGAACGUGGUGAAACCAUGCCAGGACAAUGCGGUGAAACCAUGCCAGGACAAUGCGGUGAAACCAUGUCAGGAGAACGUGGUGAAACCAUGCCAGGACAAUGCGGUGAAACCAUGCCAGGACAAUGCGGUGAAACCAUGCCAGGACAAUGCGGUGAAACCAUGCCAGGAGAACGUGGUGAAACCAUGCCAGGACAAUGCGGUGAAACCAUGCCAGGACAAUGCGGUGAAACCAUGCCAGGAGAACGUGGUGAAACCAUGUCAGGACAAUGCGGUGAAACCAUGCCAGGACAAUGCGGUGAAACCAUGCCAGGACAAUGCGGUGAAACCAUGCCAGGACAAUGACGGUGAACAGGUCAGGAGCACGCUGGUGAAACCAUGCCAGGACAAUACGGUGAAACCAGGCAGGACCAAUCCGGUGAAAACCAUGGCAGGACAAUGCGGUGAAACCAUGCAGGACAAUCGGUGA